ACACACACACACACGCGUCAAAGGAAAUAUCUACUUUUCAAGUGCAAUGUUAAAAUAGGCAAAGGGUGCCCCCUAGUUCAAGUCCUGAAGCCAAUGAUUGUGUAUUUCAAAAAACAAUAAUAUAAAUAAAUCUUCAUUCCAGAUACAAUUGCUUUUCUGCUAUAAGGCUUUUGGAGGGGCAAUAUUUGCUUCAAGCAAAUGGCUCGUGGCUAUGUUUUCUUUAGUGCUAGGUCAGUGCACAUGCCUGCAGUCCGUUCUGACAUUCACAGUUCCUGCCCGAAGAAAAAUAGAGCAGUGCUAAGAGAACCCCAUUUUUCUCUCCUACUCUCAAGCAUGUCUCAUUCCAGCCUUAAUCUCACCUGCUGGUGCUGUUGUGAGCCAAAGGACUUGGGUGCAAAAAACGUGAGCCUCUGGUCUCCACUUGAGAGUCCUUUUGUAGAUUUGUUUCCUUGGCUUCAGACAGUGGAGGAAAAGUCCUGUGUUUUUCUUCACUGUGGUGGAGUAAUGAGGUAGCUAAUGUAGCAAUCCAAACUUGUUGGUUUGCUCUCAAUGAAACCAAGUUUGAAAAGCGAAGGCUCUUGGGUGCGGCUCCAGCCAGCCUGCCAAACCAGUCUUGGAGCUGGCAGGCAAAAUAAAGGCAGGUGGGAUAGCCUAGUUAGCUCCAGUCAAAAUCAGCAUGAAGGGUCUUUAUCUUGAACUGUGUCAGUAUCUUGAAUAGCUCAGGCUCCUUGACUAAAGUUGCCUCAUUUGGUUAAUUAUUGCAUAACCUCGACAGAAUAGAUCUUACUGAUUUAGUACAAGGGUGGGGGUUCUGUAGCCCAACUAUUGCUUGACUCCCAGCUCCCAGCAGCCUCAACCUGCAUGAAAUCUUGCUGCUCCAAAUUUACAGAGCCACCAAAAGGCAGAGUAGAAGGGGGGGGGAGGGAAACCCAAGAUGGGCCAGAUACCAAAUUCACAGCCCUGCCAGUCUUAACACCAUUCUUGCAGAAGAGGGAUACACCAUCCAUUUCUGUCCUGUGGGUUCUUAGGAACAUUUCCUAUGGACAGGUGCUCCAGGACAGGUGCAGUUAGUCUCUGGUUUCUUCUCAGGGAGGGAGUUUUGUAAGCCUCCCACAGUCUAUUCCAAGGUGUGCCCCUUUCUUCCUCUCCUUUGUGCCAUCAGAGCAGUGGGGGAGGAGAAGGGAUGGUCUUGGAGCCAGAAUAAGGGGGCCUCUGAGGGUGGGUCUCCUUGAGUGGGCAGAAGUGGGCCCCUGUUUCUUUCUACCCCCUGCCCCCAGUGCAGGUGCUCAACACCAUAGGAGACAGCUGCCCAGCAGCGGCGGAGAAUCAUAAAACCAAGGGCCCAGAACUCACCCCCCCCCAACUGAUCAGUAUUCAGAAGGGCCCAAGAGCAUCUGACCAGCACAAUCUACAUGAGUAAAGCUGACCGAAAGUCCAGAGGUAGCAUUAUUAUCAGUUUACGAUGGGGUGGAAGGUUCGCAGGCUAUGAAGGACUUGCUCACAAAUUUAUUGACAGCUGCAUGAAUUAUUCUAGCCAAGAAGUGGAAGGGGCAAGCAGAAUACAAAAUGGAAGAAUGGUUUAAAGGGGUGUGGGAUAUAGCUAUUAAUGAUAAAUUAACAUGUGCCAUUAAGGUAAGACAGGGAAUACGCAGGAGAAAUGAUUUUGAGGAGAUAUGGAGGGUGUUUGUAGAAUUUGUACUGUUAAAACAGAAAGGGGCCAAACCAUCGCAAGAGGUGUUGAAAUUUUGGGAGGGUGGAUAGUUAACAAUGGAAUGGUUUCAGUGGUGAGGUGCACAUUUUUAUUCUUAUUUAUUUAUGAUUAUGACUUUGUCAAAAUAAAAUAAUAAAUAAAAUAAAAAUGAACAACCUACAUGAAUUCAUUGGCAGAGGCAGAUGGUCAAGUGUCUUGCUUAGCAGAGAGGGAGAUCGGCUGUAUCCUGUGGCCCCCGGGCUACCCUGCCAAGGCUCAUAAGAUUGUGCCUUGAGGUUUUUUGCAAUGUUUUGUGCUUGUUUUCCCCUCUCUUCCCCCUUAUCCACAUCUGAAGCAAAACGUGAAAGGUGCAGCUAUUGAGACCCACGCACUUGUUAGCCUUGACCUGCCAGCUGGAAAACAAUCUUCAGCUAGAUCAAUAGACUCCCGUUUUUUAAUGAGCAUUUCUUAUCGAGAAUUUGAGGUGGAGCCCUCGACUGUGGCUGCUAUGGCCCAGUGACCUUAAAAUUAAUGACGAAAUGAUCGCUUGUAGACUGUUUAUUGUAAAUGAAAUUACGCGUUUGCAUAAUGAAGGGGAGGGGAUGGGAUGGGACAAAACCCAAGUGGGCGGGCGGCUUUCUGGAGUAUCGGGGUGAUUACUCACUCCCUAGAAGGCGGCUAGGAUUAGACCGAGGUUGGAUGGAAGCAGGAAUCUGAUGAGGGAGGUAGAAAAGAGAAGGAAGGAAGGUGGAAUGCAAGAGAGAACAUCUGCAGGACAAGAGACCAGAAAGCUAGAUCAAUGAGGGAAAUAGCAGAGGGUAAGGAACAAGGGAACAAGGUGGGGAGUAGAAGGCUCCAUGAAAUAUCUCUAGAAGGCAGAGGUUGAAGACAGCACCAUACACCCGACUGCUGCUGGAACAUCUGGUUGCUUUUGAUCUUGCUAUAUAUGGAUUCUCAGUUCAUGAAGACUCCAUAGUGUGAGACUCUCUUCCUACUCUUUCCCCCACUCAUACUUCCAAAGGGGAGAGCUUUAUUGCACCAGAAGAGUGUGAAGAGAGGUGGACUUCUCUGUUCGGGACUAGUUACUAACACUCAAAAGUCCUUUUGGAAUCAGACUGGCCCGAAAAGUGUCCAGAGAUACAACGGAUAAGCCUUUGCCUCUCCUCCCGGUGUGAUUUUCCCUACCCUACGCUGCAGAGAUGGAUCAAUUGUUGGAGGUCAAGAUCGGCUGCUUGGCAGGUCUGCUGGUGGUCACGCUCAUUUGUGGCCUCAUCCCGGCGCAAGUUAGAUGGUUCCAGAGCAACAUGGCCAGAGGUGAGCAGUUGAUGGAAGGGAUUGGAGUGGGUAUGGCCUGAUCUUCAGAGGGGCUGGAUGCAAUGUGACUAUCAGAACUUGUGCAGGAGUGCAAAUGUUGUGCUGUGCAACAUCAGGAAGUCUUUAUUGUUAACUCUCUAGGUGGCUAUAUAUUGAGGUGGGUCCCUCUUUACCACUCUUGAUCUUUCUGGUGAAUCAAUGCUCACAUGUUCCUUUUACAGAUUAGUGUUCCUUCUACUUCCACACCCAGAAUAAGUAAACAGGGCUUAAGUGAGCUGAACAAGCAAAUUAGCUCUGUUAAAAAACAUUACAUUUCAUUGGGCAAAAAAGCUCUAUCCAUGGUGCUGGAACUCAAAGGGUGCUUUACACCUCCAGAUUAUCUCUUGAUGUGGUGGAUCUUGAACUCUUGAGCAUGCACUGAAUUCUAAGCAUGCAGGUGUUACUCUCCUUUAUUAGUAGUAUUAGUAUUGAUUAGUAUCCUGCCUUUCAGGAACCAAAUCUAUGCAAGUGACUUACAUUAAGAUAUAUAUUUUCAAGACAUGGAUUGGCAGCCUCUACAUCUGACAUAAUCCUUCCUAUUCCACCCUGCAUCUCUUCUAGGGAAGCAUCGGCGCAUCCUCAGUGUCAUAGGCUGUUUUGCAGCCGGAGUGUUCCUUGGGGCCUGCAUUAUGCACAUGGUGGCCGACGCACUGGGAGACAUCCAGGAGGAACUAAAAAAGAGACGGCAGCAGGUGAGUGCCAUCGCAGCAGUCUCUUAAAUCUGAAUUCCACUGCAAUGAAUUUGGAUGGGCCACAGCUUGGUGGAACAACAUCUGCUUUAUAUGCAGAAAGUCUGAGCUUCAGUCCAAAGCAUCUUCAGUUAAAACAAGAUCAUGGGAGAUACCACUGUCUGAGACCCUGGAGGGUCACUGCCAGUCAGAGCAGACCAGUGUUCUUCAACCUUGAGUCCCUAUAUGUUGUUGGACCACAACUCCUCUUAUUCUCAUCCAGCUUAGCCAAGGUUGAGCAUUAGGGGAGACAAUACUGGACAAAUGUAAACCAGUAUCCCGGCUCUGACCUUGGCUGAAUUGUACAACCGGACUUCAGUGUUUCAUGCUUUAGUAAAUAACUGUUUGGACCAAUGUACAUGGGGUGGUCUUUGAAGAUGGUAUGGAAUUGUUGGCCCAGAACAUGGUACCAAAAAUCUGAAUGGAACUGGCCAUUAUCAAUAUAUUCCACAAGUUUUGUUUGGGUUGGUUUUUUUCCUUUCACCGCUUCAUCUGACUUGUCCAGUUUGAAAUACUGGGUUUUUUCUAAGCUAUAAAGCUGGCUUAAGACCUAAAAAAUCACAUCUUCCUAGAUGUACCUCCCUUUAUCAUAAGGUCAUGAAUAGAGUCCCUUUUUCUAAAAGUGCCUGCACACUAUGAAGUGAACUACUGUCCAUGAACACUUAUGUCAGGGGUUCCUAAACUGUGAUCCAAGGACCACCCAUGGUCCACGAGCUUCAUUCAGGUGCUUCAUGGUGUAUCUGUAAAAAUACAAUCAGAAAUCACAGCACACUGUAACUGCUGCAACAGGCAGAAAAAUCAUUAAGUAGUCCAUCAAGACCACCAGCAAUUUUCAAGUGGUCCAAGGAGGGGAAAGUUUGGGAACCACGAGCUUAUGCCAUAAUAAAUUUAAGACUCACUCAUUUUGCUACAAGAGAUUAACACAGCCACCCCUUUGGAAAUUGUUCUAAUAAUUAGGGGUACUGUUGCACUGGGAUUGGGAAAGCAGCAACAAGAGGCCUUAGAAUCAAUCAAUCAAUCAAUCAAUAUUGUUUGUGACAUGCAAAAGAAGUUCAUGGUUCCAAAAUUUGACAGAUCUUCAAGAUCUGAGCUCCCGCUGCUUGAAUAGAGAGGAAACGUGAUUCCACCACCAUGAUAGCCAAUGACUGAACCAUUCUUAUUCCCAAAAUGUUUCCAACUCAGCUGUUUGUUUCUUUCUUUUCCCCCAGGGAGCUUCUAUGCAUAAGCAGAACAGCACCUCUGAAGGUGAUGAUGAUUCUGAGGUAUGUUUCCCCUUGUUGUUCUCCCACCUUUGAGAUUGCUGAUCAGGUUAGCUUUGGAUAGGCACAAACUGCCAUUGUGAUCAAUAUGGAUUAUUUAUUUUGGUACCUUGGGUAUUGGCAGGGGAGCUGAAAAAGCUUUUUAUCCAUCUUCUGACUCUCCUCCAGGGAAUUGGGCUGUGAAUUUGGGUGCAGGAUCCACACAGUCAAGGAUUUUGUUUUCUAGUCAGCUGCAAAUUUUGCAAGAGUGUAUGGGGGUGAGAUGGUUGAUUAAGAUCUCAGGCUUGGCCUAUGCAUAUUUCACAAUCUUUUAAUGACUGUUCUAAUCUUGCUUGGCUCAGGUCUUGGUUUUGGUUACUUAUUUAAGGAUCUGUGAACAGAACCAUAACAAACCUUUUAAAACACCUACCUUGACUGUUCCACUCUCUUGUAAAAUUUUGUUAUGGUUGUAGUUGUGUUUGCAUUUUUGCAUUUUUGAAAUUAAUUGCUUCCUGCUGUGAGGAGUUUCUUAAAGCUGCAGAGCAAGAUACAAAGGCAUAUCUGUCUGUCUGUCUAUCCAUCUAUGAAGAAAAUAGAAUGGGGAUGCAGGUGGCGCUGUGGUCUAAACCAUGGAGCCUCUUGGGCUUGCUGAUCAGAAGGUUGGCAGUUCAAAUCCGUGCGAUGGGGUAAGCUCCCAUCACUCUGUCCCAGCUCCUGCCAACCUAGCAGUUAAAAAGCACGCCAGUUCAAGUAGAUAAAUAGGUACCGCUGCAGUGGAUAGGUAAAUGGCGUUUCCAUGCACUCUGGUUUUUGUCAUGGUAUUCCUUUGCACCAGGAGCAGUUUAGUCAUGCUAGCCACGUGGCCUGGAAAGCUGCCUGUGGACAAACGCCGGCUCCCUUGGCCUGAAAGCAAGAUGAGCACCGUGGACCCAUAGUCGCUUUUGAAUGGACUUAACCAUAAGCUCCUUCUUAUUAAUGUGGGGGGGAUAUAAAGUCAAUGGAAUAAAAUAGUUCCCAUCUUGUGGAUACAGUGGUACCUCUAGUUACAAACUUAAUUCAUUCUGGAGGGCCGUUCUUAACCUGAAACUGUUCCCUCGGCCUGAAAGUGAGAUGAGCGCCACACCCCAUACUCACUUUUGCCUGGACUUAACCGUCUAGGGGUCCUAUUACAUUUUUACCUGGCUCACAGGGUUGUUGCAUAGAUAGAUAGAUGAUUGAUAGAUGAUAGAUAGAUAGAUAGAUAGAUAGAUAGAUAGAUAGAUGAUACCUUCAUUCAUCCAAAGAUCACAAGGUGGUUCACAACGUAUUAUUAGGGUUAUAUGGAAAGGGAGAAAAGCCAUGUAUGCCACCUUGAGCUCUUUGAGAGAAGGAAUGGAUACAAAUGUGAAAAACAAAUUUUAAAAAGAGGUGCUGUUGUGUACCUGAUGGUGGGAACAUAGCCAGUUCCGAUACAUUACCAAAUGGUGAGCUGUAAUGCAUUUUAUUGUAUUGUAUUGUAUUUUACUAUUUAUUUAUAUUUUUAUUGCAUUUAUAUCCCACUUUUCUUCCAAAGAGCUUAGGGUGGUGUAUGUUUUUAUCCCCCCCCCCCCCCAGCUCUCCAUUUUAUCAUUACAAGAAUUCUGUGAGCUUGGUUAGGCUGACAGACUGUCUCUAGACUUUUUGCCCAAGUGUGGAUUUGAACUCUGGUCUCCCAGUCCCACACGCUGCACUGCCCUGCUUCUGUUUUUCACACCUCUCUUUCCAAACUCAAGUACUGUGAGCACCUUUUUUCCCUCCCUUCUGGGAGGCGGUGUUGCAAUCGAAGACUAAGAAACCUGCCGAGACAACCUCAAUCCAGUUGAGAAAUCCUAUGGUGGCCCUUGAUUGCCACCUGGUGGUGCAAUUUUAAUUUAAAAAAACCCAGGAACCAUGGAAAGCUCUUUGAAGACCUGAGCACCUCUUAGGUUUAGAUAAAGUCCCUAGGUAAAUGAACAGAAGAGCAAUAAACAACACCUGGUUUUAUAAAACACACAUCUGCAGAAACUGCACCAUGAAUGGAAUACAUAGCUUCCAGAACUAUUUGCUCUGGGGUAUGUAAGGAUGUUGUUUGAGAAAUAACAUGUUCAAAGACUCACUGCGUUUGCAAAGUUAAUUGUGCAGCUUGCUAAACUGUAGCAGGAGAGCAAUAGGUGGGAUGAAGAGUAUUUUCAUCUACUGAGCUCCAGGCAAAAGAGGGGGGAAAGAGAACAUUGAUGCAACAGUUGCCCUUCAAUACUGGAAUUUGCUAUUUUGUAUAAAGUUCAUUUUUUUGUGGUUUUUAAUUAUUUUAUUUCUGUACUUAUGUGUAUUUUUGAGAUUUAUUGUUGCUUAUGUUACUUAAAAUGUGGCUUUUAAAGUAUUAGCAGUUGCAGCUAUGCAACACUUGCAUUUUUAAUAUGGGGUUUUUUUUGGGGGGGGGAUAUGUGAGUCACUUUAAGAUCUCUGUUGAAAUUAAAAGUUGUAAGCAACAUAAAUAUGCAAGCAAGCAGACCUGGGCCCCAUCUGCACUACACAUAUAAAGCGCUAUCGGGAGUUCCCUGGAAAUAUGUUUGAUUGUUAAACCCAGGGCUUGGUCCCCUGUGAGGUGAGGCAGCUGUCUUGGGCUGUGGAAGCUCAAGAGAAGGCUCCCCACCCUACAGGGGUCCCACCAACCGAGCCACCUCUUCUGCCGAUCUUGCCAAAAUAUUGUAAGAUCUUGCUGAAAUCACAUGAGAACCCACCAAUAUCUCACAAGAUCUUGUCAGAACUUGCCAACCACACAACCCAGGUAAAGGAGGCAGGGCUGUGGUGGCGCAGUGGGUCAGCACAUUCUCAUUUUGCCUCAGGCAGUGAACAGUGGCAUGCCCCCUGGUUCAUACCACUUUGGGAAUUUUAUUUUAUUUUAUUUUAUUUUUUAUACCGCCCUAUACUUGGGAGUCUCAGGGCAGUUUACAGAAUAAAAGCAAGAUAUAAAACCACAAAGUACAUAACAAAAAUAAAAAAGAACAACUCAAUAGUGCUCCCCCCCAAAAAAAAAUUUUCAAAAGGGCAUAGGAGGUCAAUCAGAUCAACCAAAGGCCUGGUUAAAAAGGAACGUAUUUGCCUGAUGCCUAAAGGUGUAUAAUGAAGACGGGGAGAGGGUUUUACAACCUCAUCUGGUCCAUCCAGUGAAGCUGAAUGUUGGAAGAUGCAGAAUAGGCCAAAAAAAAAAAAAAAGUAUUCACAUAGUAUUUAUUUUAUUUUAUUUAUUUAUAUAUUGAAUUUAUAUACCGGCAGUUCACAGAAUAAAAUCAAUAUAUAAAACCACAAAAUACAUAAUGAAAAUAAAAAGAACAACCCAAUAGCCCUUCCCUCCCCAUCCCAGCCACAAAAACACAAACACAUUUUAAAAGGGCUUACGAUGUAAAUCAGAUCAACCAAAGGCCUGGUUAAAAAGGAAUGUUUCUCCCUGUGGAGAGCAUUCCACAGAUGGGGAGCCACUUUGGAAAAGGCCCGUUCUCGUGUUGCCACCUUCCAGUCCUCUCGAGGAGGAGGCAGACGAAGGAGGACCUCAGAAGAUGAUCUCAGGGUCUGGGUAGGUUCAUAUGGAAAGAGGUGGUCCUUGAAGUAUUGCAGUACUGAGCCGUUUACUGUAGUUCUGUGCAUAGCUGUCAACUUUUCCCUUUUCUUGCAAGGAAUACUAUUCGGAAUAAGGGAAUUUCCCUUUAAAAAGGGGAAACGUUGACAGCUAUGGCUCUGUGGUAGCGGGGAAUAGGGGUCUCCCAACAACUCUCAGCACCCAUAAUAAGCUACACUUCCUAGGAUUAUUUGAGGGAAGCCAUGAUUAUUUAAAGGGGUAUGAUACUGCUUGAAAUGGACACUGCAGAUGGGGCCUUAACUCAUGUCCAACUCUUUCUCUCCUCCCAUGGCAGAUGUACCCAUUUGGGGAGCUCGUCAUCUCAGCUGGCUUCUUCCUGGUGUUCCUCAUUGAGAGUGUGGUGCUCCAUUGUUGCCCCAAGGCUGUGCACUCCCACGGCGACCACAACACCGAAGAGGAUCACAAGGACCCGCCAGAAUCCCACAGCUCUUUCCGGGCGUUCGUGCUCUUCCUGUCGCUCUCCUUCCACUCGGUCUUUGAGGGCCUCGCCAUCGGCGUCCAAAAGCAGGAGACGGCCGCCAUUCAGCUUUGCCUGGCGGUGCUGAUCCACAAGGCCAUUGUGGUCUUCAGCCUGGCUUUGAAGUUGGUGCAGAGCGGCACGCCGGCCGGGUGGAGGUUGCUGUACUUGGUGGUGUUUGCUUUGAUGUCUCCCGCUGGCAUCGGCGUGGGCAUCGGUGUCUCCCUUUACAACAGUGACGGGACCAGCCUGGCUCAGGCUUUGUUGGAAGGGGUGGCCGCGGGGACCUUUCUCUACGUCACCUUCCUGGAGAUCCUCCCCUACGAGCUGCGCUCGCAUGAAAGCCCCCUCACCAAGUUCUUCUUCAUUGGACUGGGCUUCUCCAUCAUGGCCAUCAUUGCCAUUUGGGCAUGAAAGAGUGGCUCUUCUAUGUUCUCCAUGAAAGCCCAUCAAAACGGCACUCUUUCCAGAUCCUCCUCUAUUCAGCCAUGAGAGCCGUCACCUCCGGUGGUACUAUGUACUAAGUGAAGGGAAAUAACCAGCAACCCACAUGGACGAAAAUGCAAGAUAUAUGAAGCAAUGGAGCUUGAGCGACAAAUACAUCAUUUUUAGUUUUGCUCCCUGAACUAUUGGAAAGCCACAACCAUCAGCACAAUAUCCUAGCAGCAGUGAUAAUUAACGCAGUCAGUAGACCUAACACAAGCAAUGGCAUCACUUCUUUCAAUCAUUGUGAAAGACUAAAUGUACAGUAUGUAGGGUCUACCUGCAAGGAACUCCGGAACAAGUAGGAUAUUGGCUAAGGGGUAAAUGGGACAUUUUAAAAGAGGCUGUUGGGUUUUGUGUAUGUGGGUGGAAAUAUACACUGAGUUGUUUUGUUUUGUUUUGUUACCCUUUUGUCUGUCUUUGGGGAAGGUAUGUGUGCGAAGGAUGUUCCUACAUGUGUGAGGAAGAGGGUGUGUGUGUGUGUGUGUGUGAGAGAGAGAGAGAGAGAGAGAGAGAGAGAGAGAGAAGGGGAAUUAUCCCAUGUGAAGUGUGUAUGUUUGAUGGUGUCCUGGUUCUCACUGCUAGAUGUAUGUUUUGUGGAUGUGGAUGGAAAUAUAUACUCAGUGUUUUGUUUUGUUUUGUUACCCUUUUGUCUGUCUUUGGGGAACGUAUGUGUGCGAAGGAUGUUCCUACAUGUGUGAGGAAGAGUGUAUGAGAGAGAGGGGGAGGAAUAUCCCAUUGGUGUGUGUAAUGUGUAUGGGUUGCUCGUGCGUAAGUUGCCGCCUCUCCAGGCUUUGUUGCCUUGCUAAACCUUUCAGUCUGGGCAGCCCUUCACUUCGUGGCUGCCUCAGCCGCUAGCAGAAUCCGUCAGUGGGCGUUUCUUAAAUCUUUUCCAACAUAAAAGUUGUUUGACACCCAGUCUCCUCCUACUCUCUCUGCGCGGAAGUCUUCUGCGCAGGGUGGGCGUGGGUAGCGGAGGACCCGUGCUCUCCCCGCUGGUGUCCGGUGAAGAGUCCUGGAGCCCUCUCGCCGAUUCCCCCAUCAGCCCCUCUUUUCCCCU